CGUUGACGGCGAGAAUUUUCCCGGAAAAUAACUUUUUCAAUCAUCUGCGAGAAAAGUCUUCCUCGUCGUCUUUUACUAGUGUGUGAGAGAUAAGACGAUCCAACCAUCUGUCUUUCUUCCUUUUUUUUCUUUUCUUCACUCUUUCAACUCCUUUCCCCCUAGAAAACCCUCUUCCUCUUUCCAUCUAAAAAAUCGACUUUUGUCCCUUUCCCAAAUCUAAUAAAAGAGCUUUCUGUAAUCAAUUUGAUUUAUAUGUAGAGUGGAGCUCCUUUUUGUUGAUUGAUUGAUUGAUUGAUUGUUGUGGAGCUUUAUUCUCUUAUUGCUUAAUUUGGAUCAAUAGUUUCCGAUUUAGGAAAUUUUAGGGAUUAGGGUUUCUUUGUGUGUGUUUGUGCUUAAUUUGGUAAGAAGAUGGCUAAAAUUCUAAGAAAGUUCUCAGCUUUACCAUCGCCGAUUCCUAGAAGAGAUAAUGACGAUGAUAGUGAUAGUUUCCAUAAUGAUUAUUCAUUCGCCAUAGAGUACAAAGGUCCUCUUAUUGCUAAUCUCCCCCGAGCUAAUCCCGUCCAAGUUGAUCAGAUCCCUACAGCUCUUCCCGUUUCCUUCUCUUCCUUGUCCAGUGGUGGUGUAUUUUACCCUGUGGUCCAGCCUCUCGUUAGGGAGGCUACCAAGAAACCACCUGAGAAGAGGAAGAAGGACGGUUUGGUUGACUCUGCAGCUAGUCCUAGUGUGGUUUUGAAGCCUCAUCUUAUGGUUUCUGGCUCAUCAUCGUCGUCGUCAUCAUUAUCAAAGAGGGUAGAGGUAGCAGGAGAAGUGAAAAGCUCUGUUGAUUCAUCAUCAUCAUCAUCAUCAGCAGAAGUAAGAGAGGAGACAGAUGGUGAUGAUUUUUCCAAUGGAGAACCUGCAACCCGUGUGACAUUCGCUGAGGGUAGUGAAUGUGAUGAAAGCUUUUACAACUCUGAUGAGGAGAGUAUAGCUGCUGCAGCUACGCCUGUAGCUGAAAGGAAAGGUAAAAAAGGAUCGUGCUACCGAUGCCUGAUGGGGAACAGGUUUACUGAGAAGGAACUCUGCAUUGUCUGCUGCGCCAAGUACUGCUCCAACUGCGUGCGGAGAGCCAUGGGGGCGAUGCCAGAAGGAAGAAAGUGUCAGACUUGCAUCGGUUUCGGAAUCGCCGAGGGCAACAGGAAGAGUCUCGGCAAGUGUUCGAGGAUGCUGAAGCGGGUUCUCACGGAUUCGGAGCUUAAGCAAGUCAUGCAGGCAGAGAUCUCCUGCAAGGUGAAUCAGCUGCCUUCGCGGCUUAUCGCUGUGAACGGGAAGUCUUUGGAUGAGGAAGAGCUUUACAUGUUGCAGAGUUGUGCUAACCCGCCUAAAAAGCUGAAACCUGGUGACUAUUGGUAUGAUAAGGUCGCUGGGUAUUGGGGAAAGGUGGGAGAGAAGCCUUGUCAGAUUAUAAGUCCUCACAUGAACAUAGGAGGGAACAUCAAGAAGGAAGCGAGUAAUGGUGACAGUGGGAUUUUCAUUAAUAACAGGGAGAUAACCAAGAGUGAGCUCACGAUGCUCAAGAUGGUUGGGGUGCAGUGUGAAGGGAAGCCUCAUUUUUGGGUUAAUUCAGAUGGAAGUUACCAGGAAGAAGGUCAGAACCGUAUCAUGGGGAACAUCUGGAGUAAGAAACGAGCUAGGCUUGCUUGUGCGGUGUUCUCUCUGCCAGCUCCUCCAACUUCAUCUGCAGUAGAACCAAAUGAUGAACCUGUAUAUGAGCAUAAAAUGCUUAACAAGCUUCUUCUCAUUGGUGAAGAGAAUUGUGGUGCCACUACCAUUUACAAACAAGCAAGGUCUCUUUAUAAAGCCCCAUUCACUGAAGACGAGCGUGAAAGAAUCAAAGUCAUAAUCCAAACGAAUCUCUAUGCUUAUCUGGCGAUGGUUCUUGAGGCACACGAAGAAGAGAUGAACACUAACCAGUCCUCGGAUCAAACAGGAGAUGAGAGCCGGGCUAAAACAGUUAGCUCAAUCAGCCCGAGGCUAAAACAUUUUUCAGAUUGGCUUCUGAAGGAAAAGGAAGAAGGAAACCUGAAGAUUUUUCCAGCAUCGAGCCGCGAGAAUGCUCAAACCGUUGCAGAGCUAUGGAGAGUACCUGCCAUACAAGCCACGUACAAAAGACUCCGCGAUACACUUCCCAGAAACGCUGUUUAUUUUCUUGGACGAAUUCUGGAGAUCUCGAAAGCAGAAUACAAUCCUACUGAGAUGGACAUAUUGCAAGCGGAAGGAAUCUCGUCUAUAGAAGGACUUUCUUGUGUGGAGUUCUCAUUCCCACCAACAGCUCAAGAAGACUCUCUUGAGAUCGAUUAUCAACACGAUCCAGAAAUGAAGUACCAACUCAUCCGGUUAAAACCAAGAAGCCUUGGAGAAAACUGGAAAUUGCUGGACAUGUUCGAAGACGCCGACUUGGUGAUAUUCUGCGUCUCACUAACAGAUUAUGGAGAGUACAUUGAAGAUGCUGACGGUGUCCUUGUGAACAAGAUGAUUGCAAACAAACAGCUCUUCGAGAGCAUGGUGAAUCACCCGAUCCUAGCUGACAAAAGGUUCCUCCUGGUCCUAACCAAAUUCGAUCUCCUAGAAGAGAAAAUCGAGGAGGUUCCUUUGAGAACCUGUGAGUGGUUCGAAGACUUCAACCCGUUGAUCAGUCAGAACCAGACGAGCAGGCACAACCCUCCGAUGGCUCAGCGUGCUUUCCAUUACAUAGGGUAUCAGUUCAAGAGACUGUAUGAUUCACUCGUGGAACCCUUUUCGAUGCGUGGUGGUGGUAGGUCCUUUAGGCCGAAGCUGUUUGUUUCUCAAGUGAGCUUGGAGAGUGAUACUGUGGAUAAUGCACUGAGGUAUGCGAGAGAGAUUCUUAAGUGGCAUGUUGAAGAAACUUCCAUGUUCCAAGAGAUGUCCACUACUAGUAUCGAGGCCAGCUUAUCCUCUUGAUUCUUCCAAAAUUGAAAAUUCUUUUUUUUUCCCCUUUUUCUUAGAGUUUGUGGAUAACACAUGUAUUAUGUUUGUAUGAUGUGUCUGUGUACUGUGUGCAACAGUUAAUCUUUAAAGAAAAAAUACAUGUGAUUUAAAGUGA